AUGAUCAAGUGCUUUUCCCUCCUCGUGCUUGUGCUCAGUCUAACUGCGGGUAGUCGCGCACGUUCAGCUCCGACAGCUACAAAAACGACUCCAAGUCUGGACCAACCCACUUCGUCGGAAAUGGACGACGAGCGGAUGCUCCGAGCCAACAACGUCGCCACGGAGAGGGUUGGUGAAGAAAGGGGAUUUUCGGAGAUUGGGGUGACGAUAAGCGAUGCAUUUACCCGUUUGAGGUCCGCACUUGGAAACUGGGGACCACCUAAAACCGUCCUCGAGGAAGCAAAUCGGCCAAAGUCGAUUGCACAGGAGAAGGAUUGGCUAUCUGUUCUAGAGCAAAAGGUCGUUGACAAAUUUGACCAGAUCUUGGUAAAUUUGCACUCUUUUUCGCAUGAGAGAAAAAUUCGGGCUGCUGGGAAAGUGAUUAAAGGGGAGACUGACAACGAGAAGCUGUGGAGGAAGGAUGUAUCUCCUUCGGCGUAUUUCGAUGCGCUGCAUCUGGUCGAGUACCGAAAUGUCAUUGCGAUGGACAAGGAAAGGGCUGAAAGGGAGAUUCCUGACUACGCCAAGUACUUGAGCUACGUCAAAUUCCGCGAAUGGGCUAAAAAUAACCUACCCCAAAAAUCUCGUUGGUCACGAUUCCUAUCCUGGCUCAACAGCUUUGUGAAUCAUGUUUUGCUUUAG